AUGUCGUCGAGGACGACCGCGGGGUCCCGGGCCGCCCCUGGCGGCGGCGGAGGCCGGAAGAAGGCGCCGGCUAGUGGCACGACAUCAGCGCCCAGGCACAUGAGGAUGAUCCAGGAGAAGCUGGCUCGCGCGCGCGAGGAGGAGCGGCGCGCUGAGGAGAGGCGCCGGGAGGAGGAGGAGCGGCGCGCGGAGGAGGAGCGGAGGGCGAGGGAGGAGGCAGAGAGGCAGGCCGAGGUGGAUAGGAGGCUUCGGGAGGAGAAGCGGCGGAAGAGGCAGGAGGAGGCCAAGAAGCGCGGGGAGCGGGAGGAGAAGCUCCGGAUGGAGGCCGCGCGGAGGCGGCUCUUCGUCGCCGUUGCUGAUGCCACCGGCGGUGAUGGAGGACUGAAAGAGGAGCAAGCAGAGGAAAAGCAGGUGACUUCUGCUGCUCCAAUUUCUAACCCAAUCAGUUUAUUGGAAGAUAUUGGGGAAGAUUUGGUCUCUAUCCUUGAGGAUGAAGGUCAAGGCAAUGGGGUUGACAUGGAGCUUCGUGCACCGAUAUGUUGCAUCCUUGGGCAUGUGGAUGCCGGAAAGACAAAGCUGCUUGAUUGUAUUCGGCGAAGCAAUGUGCAGGGUGGGGAGGCUGGAGGAAUCACGCAGCAGAUUGGUGCCACCUACUUACCUGUUGAGAAUAUCAGGGAGAGGACCUCCCUUAAAGCUGAGACCAUGGAGUCCCUUGAUCUUUUGAAACACCGCAAUGUGAGGUUUAUUGUUGCCUUGAACAAAGUUGAUCGGCUAUAUGGUUGGAAGACCUGUAUCAAUGCACCAAUAGCAAAAGCCCUUAAGAACCAAACUGAUGAUGUACAAAGAGAAUUCAAAUGGAGGGUUAUAACACAACUUAUGGAAAAGGGUUUCAACGCUGCCCUGUAUUAUGAGAACAAGAAGCUGAAGCAAGUGGUCAAUAUUGUCCCAACCAUCGCUGUAAGCGGUGAAGGCAUUCCAGACCUACUUUUGCUUCUGGUGCGAUGGGUGCCAAAAAUAAUGAUGGAGAGACUGACAUAUGUCAAUACUGUGCAGUGUACUGUGCUGGAGGUCAAUGAAGAUAAGGACUUUGGAACAACAAUUGAUGUAGUGCUGAUUAAUGGUGCACUUCGGAAAGGUGAUCGAAUUGUUGUCUGCACCAAACGGGGGCCUGUCACAACCAAUAUAAGGUACUUGUUGACUCCUCCAAUGAAAGAACUCAAAGUUAAGGGAGUAUACAGGCAUCACGAGGAGCUUAAAGCUGCUCAAGGGGUUAAAAUUGCAGUACGAGGGCUGCAACAUGCUAUGGCAGGCACUUCUCUCAUUGUGGUAAAGCCGGGGGAUGAUAUGGAACGAGCUGAAGCUGCAGCAAUGCAAGAAAUCAGCAAGGCCAUCAGCCUCAUCAACGAGGAUGAAAGGGGCCCAGUCCACAAGCAGGAUGUCAUGAAAGCAACUGCCAUGCUGAAGAGGAAAGAAGAGUAUGUAGCUAUCUUGGCCUUUGAUGUCAAAGUAAUGCCUGAGGCUUUUGAACUUGCAGCUGAAUCGGGGGUGAAGAUUUUUAUGGCUGAUACAGUAUACAAGCUUGUUGAUAGUUUUACUGAUCACAUUAAUAAAUUGAAAGAAGAGAUGAAGAAGCAAUGUGCAGCUGACGCAGUGUUCCCAUGCACCCUUAGGAUUCUUCCAAACCGUGUCUACCAUAGCAACGAUCCAGUUGUUUGUGAUGUUGAAGUUCUGGAAAGCAUUGUCAAGGUGGGAACCCCUAUUUGUGUUUGUGUUCAAAGUAAGGAUAGCAGUGCUGAUGUGAUUCAUGCCCUUGGGAGGAUCUCAUCAAUGAAAACAUCCAAUGGCAUGCAGAUCAAUUCUGCCAGUAAUGGAAUUGUGUCAUUAAAGAUAAUUGGAGAGAAUCCUCAGGAGAGGUCCCGGGUGUAUGGACGCCAUUUUAACUCUGACAAUGAGCUGCUCAGCCAAAUCUCUAGGAAAUCCAUUGAUGUGCUGAAAGAGUACUAUCGGGAUGAGAUGAGCGAUGAAAACUGGCAACUGAUCCGCAGGCUAAAGAAACAAUUGGGGAUCCCCUUAAUCCUUUGA